UUUCGAUACGAUUAUUUCUUCACAUAGCAAUGUUGACUGGUAUUAGAUGCCUAAAAAAUAUCACAUAUUAAACGAUUAUUUCAAAUAGUAAAACAGAACUGUUUCAAAGCCAUAGUAUAUUAUUUGUAAACCCAUGAACUUGUCCAUUUGACCUUUCAAUAUUGUUACAAAUAACGGCAGACGUUUCCAAGAAUUCUGUAUUCUUUUGUGUAAACUUGAAAACACGUGAGUUAUGUCACUAGCGGGGAAUAAUAUUAACGUUCUCACCAUAGGCCAGUGUCUUGGACGACUAUUUUUAAACAUUGCCCAGCGAAACAAUUGUGUAGAACUCUUUCGCCAAUUGGAAAGAGUUGGGACUCGGUGACAGUUAUAAAUUGUUGUACAUAAAUAUUUUCCAAUGUCCCGCUUGAACUGGGCGACAACGGCGGAAUGAAUCACAAUAAGGAAACUCAAGAUAAAACUGACUGUAGGUAAAUGAAGCGAAUUUGAAAUAGCUGAGGAGAUAUCGGCUUCCGAUCAACGCCUGGCGAUACAUUUCAAAAGAAGCACUCGUUUAGAAUUAAUAUUUAUUUAUUUUAUAUACCUUGAUAUUAUAUUUGAUCUCUUAAAAAGAUAUGUCUAACAAUCGAAAGAUAAAUUAGUUUUUGGACUUAUCAAGAAUCUUUGGAAAGUGGAAAGCUUUGUGAUAAUUAUCUUGUUAAUGAAUAGUUGUCGCUGUCGUUUAUCUUAUCGAAGCUAGACUUUCUAAUCCGGGACCCUGCGAGUUGUCUUCUCUUAGUCGGUCUACUUUAGCGGACACUUGAAUCCUUCGAGGUCAGCCCCAAUUAAUCGUCUUAAAACAAAUACUUAUUCAUUUAAACAAUUGUUUGUCGCAGCAACUUUACUAUUGCUUUGUUUUGGUCUAUGCGUAGUCCAAUGCGAUCUAAUUAGCCAAACCAAACUUCUCCAUAUGUUGGCAGAGUGAGGUAACACUGCCACUAAAAUGUCACCAAGCCGAUUAAACUUCCCGUUUUGUCGUGUUUGACUUUGUGUGGUCAGUGUAAAUAGCUAACUGCUUAAACUAAUAAUAACUAUGGCCAGGUACUGCCUCAAAAGAGCGAUAAAUUUACUAUUUUGUUACACUUAAACUAUGAAACAAAUAUAGCUCUGCCUUAUUUUAUUCUAACUUUAAGGUUAUAAUUUUGCAUUAUUCUAUCAACAACUAUUUAACGGUAUAUUCCAAAUCUAAAUUAGCUUAAUCACAAUAAUAUCAACAUCCAAUAUUUGUUUAAACUACCUAUUUAAAAGUAAUCAUGUGCAAAUAUUUUUUUAAUACACGACGCAGUACCUAACAUUCUCGUAACGUUAAUAUUCAAUUUCAAUGGAGAACAUAAAACUAAGGCUCAUAGCUACAGCGAUUUGGUCGCGCCACUACAAACUUCGUAAAUUACGUAAGGUGAAAAUAGAAUAAAAUUUGUUCAAACUGAUGAUGCUGGCUUAUCCGUAUCUAAAAAUAUACACUGUUUUUAGUUCAUUUCUACUGAUAAUUGGUAACGCUUUACGAAAUCAGGAAGCAGCUGACAUAUUGGCUCAGGUUACGGAGGACGGCGAACAGUUUCUUAAAAGAAUCUACAAUGGAGAGAAUCGCCUUCGUCGUUUUUAUUAUGAUGUCGUCUGCUAGUGGAGUACAACAGUCCAUUAUGCCCUGGGACCGAUGGUCUUGGUCUAUGCCGCAGGAGCCCAUCGAAUACUUUUUUAGAAGACAAGACAACGUGCCCAUCAAAACGCCGACCUUUACUUGUGAAUGCCCACCAUAUAAAGAAUGCGUCGUUGAAUUCAAAAUCAACGAAGACAUGGCCGACUUCCUGAACAUUCGAGGAGUCAUCAAAAAGGAUGAAUUAAAGACAUUUCGAGAAGAUUUGAGUAAGCUGGUGCGUAAGUCAGGGGCAUAUGAUGGGGACGCGCAGAAAGGCCAGGAGCUGAGCAGGAAACGGCGCAGUGGAUAUGACUUGGCUUCUUGCUGCUGCCCACCUAAGAAUGUAAUGAUGCCAACAUUUAUAUCAGAAAAAGUAUUCGACGACAUGACCUCCAAAUUUAAGAAUAAUGAAGACAAUUUGGAAUAGGAAAUUCACGAAAGCAAAAUAAAUUCCGAAAAUUACAUUUUUAUUUUAUUGCCUUUAUCGGUACAUUUUAUUUCCUUUAUGUUGCCCAACAAACCUAUAUUUCAUAAGCCACAUCAUAAAAUCAGUUUCAAAUAAAACAAUGCUCGCGGCAGUUUUUUUUUUUAAUCUUUUGCUAAUCAACCAUUCAAUAUGCCAGAUCAUGCCAGAAAUAGCGUUAAAGGAAUUGACUAAUAUUGUUCAACCUAAACCUGAUUGCGCUAAGCCUCCAGUAGUAAUACAACCUGUGGUUAUAAAAUUAUUCCGAUACCCAAAUCAGGCGAACGACAGGAAUCCAUUCAAAGGACUACAAGUUGCUGACUUUUUGGGCUGAAGUGAAAUAAAAGACUGUUAUCGCAAAAACGUAUUUUAAUUUGUUAGUGUAUUCAUAAUUCUUUCCAUUAAAUUGAACAAAAUGCACUAUUACAUAACCACGCAGGUGGUAACACAAUAGAAAACGACGUCAAAAAAGUGUCGGUAAAAAUAAACAGAACAAUGCGAUAAGUAGGUGCCAAUAAAGUGCGAAUGAAAGAAGUUGACGUUAAAAAGCAAACACAAAGAACUAUGACGCUGAAAUGGAGUCUACUCAUGUUGUUGCAAUACGAAAUCAUAGUAACAUCGCCAUCCAUCACAGGCGUCACGUAUAUGGACCAUUUUGAUUUCGAGGACAGAUACAGAGAUCUUAACGAAUGCAAUCCGUUCCACUGGCAUCCUCUGCACCUGCCGGCCUACUGCACCAACAUAUUCGAAAAGCUGAUACGAUCCAGAUUAGCUACCAAAACACCAAUUAGGAUAAUGAGAGAAAGGGAAAAACAUAAAAAUAAGAAAUCGAAGGACACUGUUUACUCCCUGAACACUCAUGACACAAGAUACGGAUAUCUAGGCUACAACAAUGAAUUCCAGUUCCCAAUAUAUCAAAUGAACAGCGCAGAGUACGAAUCAUUCAGUCCACCCUACGGUAAACCAUUACCAAUGACGCCGUACGAGAAAAUCAUAGAAAUCCUAAAAGAGGACAUUAAAAAAGAUCCCAGUAGGCCCACUGUCACUGUCAUGCCUAGUUUGGGACCAGUCGCAGUGUACAACCAAAGUAUAUCGAAGAAAAGUAUGAUUUUGAUUAGGAAGUUGGCAGAAGCCUUCGUAAAAGAAACUAAGAAAAGUUACGACGACUAUUACCGAUCAUUUCCAAAAUACCCGACUGAUGAUCAAUUAUACGUGUACGAUAGCGCUAAGAAUAAAACUAAAGAAGAAGAGGAGAAAGACAAGGGACAGGAAGAAGGUAAGAAAGAGAAGAAAGAUAAAAAUAAAGUUUACAGAAUGAAGACUAAGCACGGUGACGUGGUCACUAUAGUUGAAACGAAGAAUCUUGAAAUGAUGAAAAAUGACGGGUAUUCGUUCUUAAACGUCGAUGCUUUAAAAAAACAACAACAACAAAAAAUGCAGCAACAAAAAAUGCCCAAACCAGAAUUGGAGAAUUUUGAUGGACUAUAGGAGUCAAGAAAUUUAAAUAGCAACAUCUAAGUUAAUGUUUUUUUUUCAUUCCACCAAAUUUUAUUAAAAUAAUUUCAAAUAAAAUGCGUUUAAAAUAUAUUUUCGUGUUCAUUUAGCCUUCCUAUUCUAAAAGUAACAUCGUGUAUGAGUAUUGCUCAAAGCUCUUCUUGCGUAAGCUCCAAUGGAUUUGUUACAGCUUAAGCGAAAUACGCUUAAACCUCGUAUGAGCCGGUUUGAACUGGCUACAACCGAUUAGAACUUGGAAAAUCCGGACGUGUAGGUACAUGAAAUGCAUCAAAAAAUUCGUCAUACUUUCAAUUUACAACAUUUCAAACGAAGAAAAAUAAUCUAAAUAUCCCUUUUGAUAUGAAUGCCACUACUGUUAUACUAAAACUAGCUGACCCGGCAAACAUUGUUUUGCCGAUGUUUU